GGUGGCCGAGCGGCACUGAUUAGAUAUUCAGCUCCUUUAUCUUUUCUCAAUUACUAUGCCUUUUGACUUAAUCAAACAUAUAUUCAAGUUUUUCUAUCCCCCGGGCAUAGGCAAUCAAGACUAUUCUGCGCCGGGCAUUGGGAACCUCAUUCCCUGCUAUGACCGCACAGGUAAUCUAAUAGCCUUUCUUCCAGCCUCUCCACCAACAGGUCCCAUCACACAUAGAACUGGUGCUGCUGCACUCUCCGCCUCGAAUGCUUCAUCCCUCCCUCGACCCAUGAGACACCAUUCACAGGAGCUAUUCGAUCUUCCCCAAGGCUCAAAAUCUAACCCACGCCGACCUGCGCGAAGUCCUAGUCCUCGAGCAAUUCAACGUCGUGGUCCAGAUCGUCCAUCCAACUCUCAACGUCCCAAAUCUGGCCCAGGUGACCAGACACUGGCAGAUGAUUUGUGGGAUCCAUGGCCAGACGGAGACUUCGAACGGUUGUUCACAUGGGUAGAGGUCACAAGAACUGCCAAUCUCAGUGAACAUUGGGCCUGCCAGCCAGGAGGAGGAGACAAGAGGGGAUCAGAGUCAGCAUUGACGUGGCCACAAGGUAAAAAGACGAGACGUGUUUGCUUGGGGGUCAUUACCUGCGACGAACCGACGUGCGAGGUUGUCACGCGUCCACGUAUACGCCGAGCUGGCAUUAUGGCGCAGCUGAGUGUACCCUGCCUUUGUGGUGGGCAGCUUACACACAACGACUGUGGUGUCACGUCGGUGCUGCAUUCAUUCAAAGAAGGUGUCUACUACAUCCACAAGGGUGUUCAUAACCACCCAAAGCAAACUCACGUCUUGCAUCUGACCUGUGACGAGCGGACGAGAUUUGAACAGAUUGUCUUCGAAAAUCCUACUACUGGCCCAGCAGCAUUGGUUGCUGGUCGUCAUAGUCUUUCUGGUACCCGCGAAUCAGUCGCUACGAUCUCUACAGUGCUUCUCAACCAGGACCGUGUCAAGGCUGAGCUUCAAGCACUCCAGGGCAAGUCCACUCGAAACUUUGUCGACGACUUUGCAGAAUUCCAAAGAAAUCAUCCAGGCUACGUGUUGUAUUCUCAAUUCGAAGUCGUUACUGUUGUCGUCGUUCAAACUCAAUUCAUGGUGUCGCAACUAGUAACCGACUUCAUCGAGGCCGAGGCCGUCAAUGGCAUUGUUUCAGAUGCAGCGCAUGGAUUUUGGCACUCGCCGAAAGAUCUUCUCAUAAUCAGUUCAACAUAUUCACCUUUGCUCGCAUGCUGGGUACCUGGACUCAUGACCUAUGCCAAUGGAGGUUCAGCCGAACACUAUCGAUUACAUUUUCUCAUCCUUUUCAACUCCAUGGCAGACGAAUGCGAGAAGUAUGGCCACAAAGUCAAUGAUGAAUUAUUUGGAAAUGUUGUCGACUUCAGCGAGGCUGAGCGAGUCGGCUUUACUCAAGCAUUCAUUACGUUCUGGACCAAUCGCGAGGAUUCAUGCUCUCUGGCCGAACUUGAAGAUGCAGCAGGUGCACUCCUCAAAGGCUGUCAGCAGCAUUACCGUUCUCAGGUCACGCGCAUCAAAAAAAUCAGCGGAGUCAUUGACCCCAGCAAGGCAGAUAAUUUUCAGAGUCGUGCCCUUGCCCUGUUGUCAGUCUCCGAUAUGGACACUUUCAAGCAAAAGGUCACUUCCCUUUUACGAGACUAUCCCAAGUUAAAGCCAUGGCUUGAGUGGUGGCUCCGUGAUAGCCAUGCUCAGAUGCUAUUUCCGCCGUUUCAGAAGAUGAAGACCGGUCUAUUCCAGGCGAUGCCAAACUCCACUAAUGCGGAAGAGGCAAUGCACGCCAAGCUAUAUGCGACAGUUGGUAAACGCUACCACUUGAUGGAGGGGCUGCUCUGCCUCCAAGUUUUCAUGGAAAGCUUCCAGCUACGUGCAGCUGGCCGAAGUGUGGGCGCUCCGAUUCGCUAUGGAACAGCCAAGACCUGGCAAAAUAACCUGCAAAUACAUGGUCGCACGCAUCCAGAAAGAGCACCACUAUCUCAGCGGUCAAAGUCCAGAAAAAAUGAUGGCCGACCUCCGGAUACCUCACGCCAGCUCCUGCGAACCCGGUCAAAGUCUCGUGGCAAGCAGCAAGUCUGGAAGGAAAACUUGGACUCAUGCUCCGACAGUUCGCUCGACUCCAACAUCUCGAACCAUCCAUUGAGCUCACGGCCCAGUUAUGCUUGGUCUAAAAACUCGUGCUGGCUCGAUACCUGCCUUGAGCUCAUGUUCAUUACCAUACAGCCUGACUUUUAUACUGUCUUUCAGCCACGCUUCCUUGGAAUCCGCGAGGCACAUCCCUUAUGGGCUCUGAAUCAGGUUAUGAAAGUUCAUAUGAGUAUUGACCAGCCAUCCAAUGCAUCUCGUAUUUUGACGACUCAACGUGAUGGGUUCCGAAAGAAUCUCAAGGCCACGCACAUCGUCAAGGACACGUCAGGUCCAGACGGAGUAUUUGGCUGGCUAGGAAGGGUAUUCAAACUUCUCCUGCACGACAUGCCACCAGAAGAGACAUAUCUUGCUCGCACUUUCUUCGAGGCACAGACCAUAGACCUGCAAUUUUGCUCGGGUCCUUCAGGUGGACCGACACACUGGCAAAUACCACGUCGACCCCAUCCAAAGUGUCAUUUUCAGCUUAACAUCGAACUCUCCGUACAAUACAAGGGCGACCUAGCUGCUUGGUUCCGUCACCUGGUUCGUGUGAACAAGGAGCCCACUUCGAAGACUUAUUGCUGGCGAACUUUGGAUGCGGAAGUUUUAUGUCAUGGCUCCCCGAACUUCCUCACUCUGUAUCUUGGGAUUCCUGUGAUGCUCAUAGUUGAGUUCGGUGAUGUCCUCCAUCAUGGCAACAAAUGGAACAUUCCCAAGCACAUAAGACCACUCACAAAAGAAGCUGAAGAAAAGCAUUUGCUCGUUUACGAUGUCGUUGGUCUUGCCUUUUGCGAUCGCACCUCAAACCUCGCACACUUUGUUGCUCGCUACUCACCUGACGGCAAGAGGGUCUAUCAUUAUGAUGACCUUUCGCAUGGUGGAUUUGCACAACUGAUGAAGAAUGCAACUCUCAAAAGCCAUCUUGUGGGCAAUUUGCACGACAUCCCUGCACCGGCAGGCUUCAAUGUUCAUGGUGUUGUGUAUAGGUUACGUGGGGGCUCCACCGCACAGGAUUUCUUCGCCGAGUAUCAAAUAGCGGCUGCAGAACGUUUGCACCACGUUCACAUCGAACGCGACAUGCAGUCAUCAAAAUCAAUUCCUACCAUUUCAUUUUCUUGGCCUGGAGUAUCUGCCGUUGAUCCAGACAAUCUUAUUUGGCUCAAAAACCCGGCAACUACACAGAAUGUAGAAUACGAGGAGGUGGUAAGCACAGGCAGUAAUUCCAAGAACACACAUUCUGGCCGAAAACAACUUCGGAUCUUGUUACCAGCAACGGAAAUUGAAGAUCAGCCAUCUGGGAGCAAGGAGCAAAUUCAAUCGAAGAGUUUACCCGAUCCAUUAGAAAAUUCAUUGGACCUUCAGGCAUCCGGUGACGAGGAGGCUGCUGUACCCAAGAUAGAAAAAUCAUUGGACCUGGAUGACGGCGAGAGUGAAGCAUCCGACUAUACAUUUCAUUGCAGGUGUGGAGCUCAAGGCAAUGGUCACGAUGUUGCAGGUGGCCAGAAGACAAUUCGAUGCGAUCUGUGUGAAAAUUGGUCACACAUUGCUUGUCAGAGAGGUGGUCGAGCGAGCAAUCUCCAUCCGAAAGCAAAAUUCCAUUGUGAUGGAUGCUCGACACAGCAGUCAAAAGAGGUGCCGCCAACUCGCAACAGCAGAAAAGCCACGAGCAAGAAGAAAACGGCUCUGCUUCCUACACGUCUAAUCGCCGGCAAAGGAGCUCUUGCUCGUCUUGGGAAGUACUGGUAUCCUGUGCGGCUGAUUCAGUCCUAUGUUGCUGCCAAUCUCCACGGAACUGCACAUAACCGAGUACACUGGCGAGUCGUUUGGUGGCGCGGUUGCAAAUUUCCAUCAAGUCUCGGAUCACCUCCUGGUGAUGUUGAGCAAGGAGAUCUCGUGGACGAACUGUGGCAGGACCAUGCUAAGAGGCGUGAGAUCCGUCUCGGAGAAUGGGUUCACUCUUGGGAUACCCCUCGCGAAGAAGACUUGAUUCAAAACUUUAUGUCAGCACCAGCAUCAAAAGAAUUGGACAACAUUCUACGACCUCAUAUAGCUUCGCUUCAGAAGCUCCUUGACAGUCCUGACUUGAACGAGCGUGGCGCAGAGGCAUAUCCUGUGAUAGACUACAUCAUGCAUUCGAAGAAGAACCUACUAGACGGUGUAGGUGCAUACAGCAUCCCAUAUUGUGGCGACAUCUCAUCUCACGAGUAUGCGAAAAUCGCACGUUGGUUCUCUGAGAACAUUCCCGGUGCUUCGAGUCAAGUCGAAAAAUGGCUCGGCGGCAUGCCUUUAGUGCACGCCUUCACUCUUGUUGUUGCUCACCGAAAGGCUGGUGAUUUCAAAAAAUGUCUGGAAGCUCAGAACGAGCAAUGGAAUGAAAGAGCACUGUUGAAGAUGGCAUGGGCUGACCUACUGAUCAGUUAUCCUGCUGACAGCUUUGUCGCAGACGUAGACCUCGAGUGCUUAACUGCACUAGAAGCAAGGAUGUUCGAGGAUUCUGAAGAAGCAGGGCCUGCAGGCAACCAGCAGUGGGGUUUGGAUGCUGGUCAACAUCAUAGGCGGUGGAACGUGUAUCUGAAUGUGCCUAGUGAAUGGGUUAGCGGACGAGAAUACAGUGAGAGUGAAUUAGAGCAUGGCCGCUUGUUCAGCGAUAAUUCCGACGCCACGUCAGAAGCUGAAGUUGCAGCUCCUUCGCUGCUGGCUGAAGAAGAACUUGUUGCCGUGAAACGUCGCAAGGGCCCACAGAGAGUCCAGAGAGGGAGUAAAAGAAAAUAGUUCUUGUUUGAUUAGUAGCUCUAUGCAUGGCCUGAGUCAGUCAAUGAAUAAAUAGCG